AAUCAAUUCAGAUUAUCGUGAAACUACGAAUAGUCAAUUACCAAAACGCUCCACUUCACUUGUUCGCCCCGAAAGAAGUCGCAUUGACGCAAACCACCCUCAAUACCACACAAAAAGAAAAUUAAAAGAGCGUUUAGACCCUCAUGACACAACGCAUCGUCCUUCUGGUGAUCGAUUUCACCCCACUCGACGUUCAGUGAUAAGAAGAGGCUUAAUAUCAAGAGAUGAUUCUGAUGAUCAACUAGAAAACAUUGAUAAUUCACAAUUUAAAACAUCAUGGAGUUGUUGGACAAUCUAUUGUUAUUUAGUUACUUGCUGUUUCCCUUCUCCUAUUUUAGAGGCCAUAGGCAAAAGAGAUAAAAGUGCUCAAACGGCAUUUCGUGAAAAAAUGGGACUUGUCAGCAUCAUUUUGUGUAUCAUGGCUUUUGUUGGUUUCUUGACCUUUGGAUUCACACAAGCCGUGUGUCCUCGGCCUGCACUCAGUUUUCGAGUAGAUUCAAUUAACCAAGGCUAUGUUAUUAUUCAUGGAUGGGCUUAUUUGCUUGCUUCAUGGAACGAUCAUCCCGCCAUUGCAGGCUUAACCAACUUAUCGACGAAUGUGAUUUACGAACCCAUCCAGGCUGGAGGAAAAGAUGCUUCUUUUUUGUUUCAAAACAUCAAUCAACAAUGUAGUUCCGUCUUUUUACCUAAAAAAGCAGGAGCAAUAGUGGGUCAAGGUGAUCUACUGAGUUAUUUUCCUUGUCAGUUAAUGGAUCAUAACAAAAGUCCAAUGCUAGUAUCCAAUGGCAAUAUGACAGCGUGUCACUUGAAGCCCUCUUCCCGAGAAAAACUAAAUUCGAUGCAAACAAAGGGUAUACUUAACUCAGAAGGAAGAUACGACAAGGCAGGCAGAGUGUAUUAUGAUUGGCAUGAUGUGAACACAACCUCUCAUUUGGCAGUGUAUAAUAGUUAUGUGCUCAAUCUCAACCUACUACAAUCUUUGUCACAAUCGUUAUUUACAUUGCCUCCCAAUGGACUUAUACAAUCCAUUCUUAGAAACACCAGUGAUUUUGGCGGGAAAGAUAUCACGCAUAUAAUUGCAGCACAUCCAAAAGAUGAAAAUACAAUAGUAACAUGGCAAACAGAAGCGACUUGCUUGUUGGAUACGAUCAAAGUAGGAGAAAUCGAUACAAAAAGCGUAGGAUGCAUUGCCUCAGAUGUUGUUCUCUAUACAUCCUUAAUUGUUAUUUUGGGCGUCAUCUUUGUCAAAUUUUUUCUUGCUGUUGUGUUUGGAUGGUUUUUGUCGGUUAAGCUCGGCAACUUCAACACUGAAAACAGAGCGACUUAUAAAGACCGCAUGAAAAGGGAUCUUGAGAUAGAAGAUUGGACGACGGGUAUUCAUGUUCCUGCAGAAGCAAUACGGCCUCAUAGCUCUUUUUCGUCACAUACGCAUCGAACUCCUUACCAGCAGAGUCCAUUAAAUAAAAAGAAAAGCAUCAUUCCUACAAAGUCAAGAUUUACACAGCCUGAAGCUGGAUUGAUGCAUUUUAACUCGUUUGAAAGACCCACGAGCGUGAUUUGGAAACAAGCCAAUACAGGAGUGUUUGGAUCACCACGACAGAUGUACAACUCAAGCGUAAUUUUAUCGCCUCGGUCCACAUUAGCACUCGAUACCAACAGAAGCUCUCAAGGUCCAUUAUCAAGACAUUCUUCAGAGACUUCAGGAUCCUUGUCUCAUGGAACGCAUCAAACAACAGUAGGCUGCCCGUACAAUGUAUCCCCUCAUGUCAUCAAACAGCCAAAGCCCGAAUUUAAACCCUUUGGAUUCACGUUGGCCCACACCAUUUGUUUAGUCACUUGUUAUUCUGAAGGAGAAGAAGGUCUUCGAACCACACUGGACUCUAUUGCUUCUACAGAUUAUCCUCACUCACAUAAACUGAUUCUAGUGGUUGCAGAUGGUAUGAUCACAGGUCAUGGUAACAGUAUGUCUACUCCUGAUAUCUGUAUUUCCAUGAUGCAGGAUUUCCUGAUUGAGCCAGGAGCAGUGGAGGCAAAUUCCUAUGUGGCUAUUGCAGAUGGCACAAAACGACACAAUAUGGCCAAAAUCUAUACUGGUUUCUAUAAAUAUGACGAUAAGACAGUCGACAUAAGUUCACAAAAACGCGUGCCUAUGAUUACCAUUGUCAAAUGUGGUACACCUGAAGAACAAAAAAAGGAAGUUAAACCCGGAAACCGGGGCAAGAGAGACUCUCAAGUGAUUCUCAUGUCAUUUCUACAAAAGAUCAUGUUUGAUGAACGAAUGACUGAGUUAGAGUAUGAGUUUUUUACGAAUAUUUGGCGCAUUACUGGUGUGAGUCCUGAUCGAUAUGAAAUUGUGUUGAUGGUGGAUGCAGACACAAAGGUGUAUCCUGAUGCCUUGUCUCGUUUAGUAAGCUGUAUGGUGGAAGAUCCAGAAGUCAUGGGACUUUGUGGAGAGACUAAGAUUGGAAACAAAACAGACAGUUGGGUCUCCAUGAUUCAAGUGUUUGAGUAUUAUAUCUCUCAUCAUCAAUCGAAAGCGUUUGAAUCCAUCUUUGGUAAUGUUACUUGUUUACCAGGUUGUUUCUGUAUGUAUCGUAUUAAGGCACCCAAGGGCAACAAUGGACACUGGGUUCCUAUAUUGGCCAACCCUGAUAUUAUUGAGCAUUAUUCCGAAAAUGUGGUUGACACCCUUCACAAGAAAAACUUGCUUUUGCUUGGGGAAGACAGAUACCUAUCGACCUUGAUGUUAAAGACAUUCCCUCAAAGGAAAAUGCUUUUUGUGCCUCAAGCUGUCUGUAAAACAGUGGUGCCUGAUUCAUUUAUGGUUUUAUUAUCACAAAGAAGACGUUGGAUCAAUUCGACUAUUCAUAAUCUUAUGGAGCUUGUGUUUGUACGAGACUUGUGUGGGACGUUUUGUUUUUCUAUGCAGUUUGUUGUGUUCAUGGAACUUGUAGGCACACUCGCGUUGCCUGCAGCUAUUUCAUUUACUAUCUAUCUUAUUAUCUUGGCCAUGCUUGGGCAACCUGCUGUUCUUUCCUUGAUCUUGCUUGCCCUUAUUUUAGGAUUGCCAGCAAUUCUGAUUGUCAUGACCAGUAGAAAACUUGUUUAUGUAGGCUGGAUGUUUAUUUACUUGUUUAGUUUACCUAUCUGGAACUUUGUUUUGCCUUCCUAUGCUUAUUGGCAUUUUGAUGAUUUCACAUGGGGAGAAACUCGAAAAGUCGAGGGCGAAGGCAAAGAUAGCCAUGGUGACAAAGAGGGCGAGUUUGAUUCAUCACAAAUCAUUAUGAAGAAAUGGUCUGAAUUCGAAAAAGAAAGAAAAUGGCGAGAAGCAGAAGCAAGAUCAAGAGCACUGAUUCAACAGUCGAGGUGGUCGCCUCAGCAUACAGAUCUUUUUUUGCAAAUAGAUCAGUCUACUUUGUCUACACUCAUUGGGUCCAGUCUAGGGCAAUCUCCUCAUAUGGCGUUUUCUUCACUUAGAAAUCAUACUUUGACAGCGGAAGAGAGUAACGAGAGCACGGAUUCUGAAGAUGCAAGCCAAAUAGAGCAAUGGAGACCAACUGCAGUUGCCUUAGAGUCUGAAAAGGCACACUCCAUGGGCAAUGCUCAUCAUUUAUCUGCUAUAGCUUCCAGGGACGAAAAUGAUUGGGGGAGCAUUGUAGAAAAACAAUAAAAAGGGGUUUCAUGAUUU